GUACGUAAUGCAAGUUUUAGAGAUAAUGAAUUCAAAGUCUUUUAUAAAAACCUCAACAAAUUUUAAUACGACACACAGUCGAAUUUGAUUUCCCAUAGAGAAAAUUAUCGCCAUGGGAAUGAAAGUGCUUAUUUUAUCCCUGGCAAUAAUGGGAGUACAGAUUACAAAAAUUAACUGUCAAAGGGUAGUUAAUAGCAAUAUGGUGGCUUCGAUUCUGCAGGACAUCUUAUCACCAACGAAGACACAAAGUGCGUUGCAGUUAUUACAAAUGGCUGCCGCAGGUUCUAAUCGCAGAAUAUCCGUGCCAGAAAUACUAAUGCCAAACAGACUUGUGGCCAAUCAGAUCGAAACAGCAGUGCCAGUUCGAGCAAUCAUGCCACGUGAAGUUAUGCCGUGUGCUUGUAGGGCAAAGGAAAUUGAACCGCCAAGAGUUAUGUCGAAAGUUGAAGUAUUGCCUGUUCGAAAUGACAGGAUGCCAGCUCGCAUCAUGCCAAAUAUGGUCAAUAUGGCUGAGGUUUUCCCACGAGAGUAUAGUCAGCCUUUGGCCCAGCCAUGCCCGAUGAUGAGCCCAGGUAUGAUGAAUUAUGCCAGGCUGCCAUCAGAGGCACUUCCUGUCAUGAAUCCUUCGAUAGUGAGCCCAUAUUUGCCAGUGGCGUCUCCAAUAUCAGCGUUUGCACCACCAGCUUCAAACAUGCUGCCGCCGCCCACACAAGCAAGAAAUCAGUACUUGAGGAAGGUUCCCAUACCCCCACCUACUUUAUAAGGAUCACUAUAUGGUCCUAUAUUGAAUCCUGGGAUGGUGCUUUUUAUCUAAUUUAGACUAUCUUUGGCAUCGUCAGAACUGUAAUAAUUUAAUUUAUAGUAAUUUAUUUAUUAUACUAUUUAUUUA